AAGAUGGACUCACAGGAAUCUGGAAACAAUUCAUGUGCCCAACAUCCAUUGAAUUAUACCAUGCCUCAUCCAAUGAAUUUUCUAUUUCAACCUGUUCUUCACUUUGAUCCAACAAAUAGAAAUUAUCAUCCUCAUGCCGAUCAGCAACCUCGCAUUCACCUUGAUCCAAUUAAUGGAUUCUCCUUCCAGAGUCUUUUGAAUGCUCCAAUAACGAAAGAAGAGAGAAAAAGAUACUCAAAAUCCUACCAACUCUCAAUCUUCGAUUGCAAAAAAGGAUUAGACAAAAGAAGAAGAGAUUGCAUUAACAAAAGCAUGGUUGAUGCUGAAGUUGGUAACAAUCAAAAGGGAGCAGCUAUGUGGGAUCGCAUAUUAGAAGCUUGGAAAGAGAAUAUGGGAGUUGCAUGCAAUACGGCUCGAAAUAACAAUAGUCUGCAACUCAAAUGGUCCAAAAUUCAAUUUGCAGUGAGCAAGUUCCAUGCACAAUAUGAGCGUUUAGAACGGCAUCCACAAAGUGGUUCGAACUCAAAUGAUUUGAGAAUAAAUGCUAUGCGGUCGUAUGAAGAUUUAGUCGGUGCUCCUUUUAAAUUUAUCCAUUGUUGGGAAGUUUUGAUUAAAAAUCCUAAAUGGUGUUCAAAAGAGCUUGCAAAGACUACGGCUACAGGAUGUAAACAAGGGGUUGAGCACAACAAAACAACAAUGGUCAAUCAACUAGAAGGUAACAUUAAUGAUUGUGAUGUUCUUUCUGGUUGGACCAAAGUUAAUGGCGUUAAGCGCCUGCAAGGAAGAAAAGCCUGUAAAGAGAGGAAGAGAAAACUGAAUGAGGAAAAAAGUGUGGUGGAUGCAUUGAGCAAGUUGCAUUGUACAUUAGAGAAACAAGUUAGCAUUAAUCAAGCAACUUUGGAGAUGAAAAGAGAAAAAGAUGCAAAUAACUACAGCUACGGGGGGAAGUAA